AUUUUCACAGACUGCACACACAGAGGAGAAAGCAGAAGCUUAAAGAAACCCUAAGAAUUCCUCUGUGCUCUGUUCCAGCCUGCUCCAAGAUUCUGACAUCACAUAAGCCUGCACAAGCUGUGAGGAGCCGCCAUCGAUGCCGCUGGCAGAGCCUGAGGGAGACCCAGCGCCUCCCAGGGUCAGGCCAGGAUCAGGGCUUCUUCGGCCCCUUCCGGAAGACUACACGUCAGGACUCAGUUCCUGUUCCAGAGGAACAGAAACACUCUUUCUUCAGGGAGUUUGGUGCAGUGGCCUUCCUGUCACAGGACUGCACACAUGGAGGAGAAAGCAGAAGCUUAAAGAAACCCUAAGAAUUCCCCUGUGCUCUGUUCCAGCCUGUCCAAGAUUCUGACAUCUCAUAGAUCCCACAUCUACUUUCUUCCAGUUUGGAGUGUCCAUCCAGCAGCAGGUCAUGGUCAUGCUGAAGAUCAUGCAGGAUUAUGACUGGCACAUCUUCUUCCUGGUGACCACCAUCUUUGCCCACUACAAGGACUUCAUUAGCUUCAUCACAACAACCAUGGACAACAGCUUUGUGGGCUGGGACAUACAGCAUGUGAUCACACUGGACACCUCCUUCAAGGAAGCCAAGACACAAGUGCAGCUGAAGAAGAUCCACUCCUUCAUCAUCCUGCUCUACUGUUCCAAAGACGAGGCUGUUCUCAUCCUGAGUGAGGCCCAUUCACUUGGCCUCACCGGCUAUGAUUUCUUCUGGAUUGUCCCCAGCCUGGUUUCUGGAAAUACAGAGCUCAUCUCCGCAGACUUUCCCUCAGGACUCAUUUCAGUCUCCUACGAUGACUGGGGCUACAGCCUGGAGGCGAGAGUGAGGGACAGUCUCACAUCCUAACCACUGCCAUGUCUUCCAUGUUGGAGAAGUUCUCCUACAUACCUGAGGCCAAGGCCAGCUGCAGAUGGAGAAGCCAGAGG